CAGCAAUGAAUUAAAUGUGCAUGUUAAUCAUUUUGUUUUUUGAAAGUUUUAUAACGUUUCGAUUGAACAGUCUUUCUAUCUCAUUCCAAUAUGUUUUGAUUUUGACGUGGAGUGACAUAUCAAAAUGUUCAAAGUAAUUCUGAGAAAAAUCAAGAUUGUAUGAAGAGAUAGCUGUCUCUUGCAAACAGGUACAAGUUAGAAGAGGUCUUGCUAGAAAAAGAUACGGUCCUCGAGAAUUUACAGAAGAAGGUAUACGGUUUGCAAGCAGAAAUGCGUAUAAUUGUCAAAGAGAAUAUGGAAUUGAGUCGUCAGUUGGCCACUUUAAAUCAAUUAGUGACCAGUCCCACUUGCUGUUAUACCUGUCCAGGCGUUACUCCGUUGACGUCGCCGACGUUAUCUUCGCGUCCGCAUGCCACAGCGCAAUCUCGGGACGACUGUCGAUGCUGCAAAUGCUGUCUCAGAUUACAGUUCAACGACACCUUAUCGCCGACUACGGAAACCGCAUGCAAUUCACCGAGGCUUACAGGAGGUGGUUCGACAACGGGGGAUCAUCUAGCAGACACCAACGACUUACAAAACGUGGAGAUGUGUUCCCGAGGUCCGAUCGUUGUUAAGCCACGAGGAACGUGUCCUGCAGAAUUGGAAAAUAAACUUGCGACCUACGGCACUAGCACUAAACAAUUAGAACAACAACUAGGCAGUAUGGAGACUGAGGUACGUAAUAUGCAGAUGGAAUUAGCGAAUGUGCAACGGGAGCGGCAACAACUGGAACAACAACGUAAAUUGCUCAAAUGCACAGGACCCUGUGCACAAUGCGUUUGUUGCCCACCUCCGCCUUUAACAUGCGUGACACCCACCGCAGCACUUCCGUUAACAUCUAUCUCAUCAAAAGUACCUGUCGUAUCUCCAGCCCAGGUGACGCAGGCUGCGCCAAUAUGUAAUGGUUCUUGCACAAAUGCAGUCAUGGGUACUGGCACCCAGCAACAAUUGCGUGAUCUUCGCGAACAAUAUGCCCGGCUUCAGGAUGACUAUAAAAGCAAAUUGUGCGAAGUAUCGUGUAUGAGAACAGAAGCCGAGAAGCUCAAGCAAGAUACGCGAGAUGCAAAGGAAGAGAGAGAACGAAUGGAGAUAAAGUUGAUAGAUGUUCAAGAACGAUUGAAGCUUUUAGAAGCGGAGAAGGGAAAGUUCGAAGGUCAUAAGGAACAUCUCAUCGAACAGGAACAGGCUCUAAUGGUAGCAAAACAACGCUUUCGAGAAGCACAAGACGAAUUGGAAGAGCUCCGUUCUUUAAUUCAAGAUCAAGCUGCUCAAUUGGAGGAUUAUCGCAAUAAAUAUUUGCAAGCCCAGCAACAAGUUGAAGAACAGCGUAGACAAUUGGACCUUAUGGAAAUGGACAACGCGCGAAUGAAUGAAAAUGUUACUUUAGAAAUCGGACGCGUUAAAAAUCAAUUUCAAGAGAAAUUAGCCGAACUCGCGCCAUUGCCUGAUAUCUUGAAACAAAUGCAAAUGAAGAUGCAGGAAGCGCAACAGAUGCGUUUGGUUGCCGAGCGCAGCUGCGAGGAUCUGUCGCGAGAAUUAAUGGGAUGCAAGGAUAAGAUCCAGACUUUGCAAAACCAACUGGACGUAUUGCGUACCGAACAUCAGACACUUCAGGGUGAAAGAGGAUUGGGAUCCGGCCAGUUCGAAGAGAUGGAAAGAAAAUGUGGUGAGUUUCGGCACGAAAAUGAAAGAAUGAAAAACACAUUGGCACGAUUUGAGGAACACGAAGUGCAAUUACAAAAGCGCAUUGACGAAAAGAUGCACGAGAAUACCCAGCUGUCAUCAAUGCUAGAACAGAUAAGGGAAGACUCUGCUCGACAAGUGGCGAGAACGAAAGAACGAUGCGAAACGGUACGAAGAUCGAUGCAAGGCCAGAUUGCUGAAAUGGAAAGACAAUUGGCACAAUGUAGAGCAACAGCACGUGCCGCCCAACGGGACAGAGACGAGGUAACGAUUAUAAAUGCGACAUGAAAAUUUUAAAGAAAAAAAGGUAUAUUUAUGGCACGUUUUUCAUUAACGUAAUGCAGAUUAGACAAAAGAUGCAGAGUCAAAUAAAUAACUUGAACGAGGCAUUUAAACACGCGCAGGGCCGCAUAAAAUCAUUACAGGGUCACGUAAACUAUCUUAAGACUUCUUAUAGUAAUAUCUUCCUCGGCCAAGGAGAAACACCACCAAGUGCUUUGCCAGGAGACGAUUCUUGCGACUGCAAUUACUAAAUGUGUACACGCUAUACUUUGAUGAUAUUAUAUUUUGUCCAACACAACGAAAUUAAAGCAUACUAUUUAACAUCGCA